AUGUGCUCAGCGCUCAACAGUAUUGUAUCUUCUCUGCAGAGAAGUGGGACAUUGAUCAAUUCUUUAAUUGCCGCUCUGACUAUUGGUGGGCAACAACUGUUCUCUUCUUUCACAUUUGGAUGUCCCUGUCAAGUUGGGAAAAAUUUCUAUUAUGGUUCUGCUUUCCUAAUCAUCCCUGCCUUGAUCCUUCUGGUUGCUGGCUAUGCUCUGAGAAACCAAACGUGGGCAAUUUCCAGUGAAUACUGCUGCAAGUGUACCCCUCCCCAGCGGAGAAUCGGCGUCCUGGAGCGCAAGCUGGCUUGCCUGAGGUUCUGCAGCAUCACUGGAAGGGCACUCAUUGCUCCACUGACGUGGCUGGCGGCGACCCUGAUGACAGGCACCUACUACGAAUGCGCGGCUAGUGAAUUUGCAUCUGUGGACCAUUACCCAGUGUUUGACAACAUCAAUGCCAGCAAAAGGGAAGAGAUCUUAGCUGGGUUUCCAUGUUGCAAAUCAGCUCCAUCUGACAUGAUCCUGGUAAGAGAUGAAGUAGCUCUUCUGCACAGAUACCAGUCACAAAUGCUGGGCUGGAUUUUGAUCAUCUUGGCAGGCGUCGCUGCCCUAGUCUCCCGCUGUGUGGUCAGGUGCUGCUCGCCCCUCACCUCUCUGCAGCACUGCUACUGGACCAACCACCUCCACAACGAGAGGGAGCUCUUUGAACAAGCUGCAGAGCAGCACUCGCGCCUCCUCAUCAUGCAGCGCAUGAAGAAACUAUUUGGCUUUAUUCCUGGAAAUGAAGAUGUCAAAAACAUACGUAUUCCUUCAUGUCAGGACUGGAAAGAUAUUUCAGUACCCAGUCUUCUCUGUUUGGGUGAUGACUCGCAAGGUCACUAUAACUUCCUUGGGGACCAGGAAGAUGAGGCUAAUGAGGAAAGCAGAUCAGGAGGUAUUGAAUUAAAACCUUGA